ACUAGUGGGCUUUUGCGACCCGUGAGCUACCGUUGUAAGACACUAGCAAGCUCAGGCAAGCCAACUGUGAAAAGGCGGCCGCGACGCGAGGCGAGCUCUUACGGAAAUUUGCUCGAGCAGUUCACUAGUUCGCAGCCGCCGCCGAGUCACCAGCGAUUCGCGCCGCAGUGCGCCACCAGCCCUGCCAGACACCUGCCAAAAUGAGGCGCUGCCUCGUUUUCCUCGUGUGCGUCGCGGCGGCGUCGGGCCUGCGCCGCGCUAAAUACGCGCUGCCGACGAUGACCGAAAAGCCCCCGAAAAAGGACAAGCCGCUCGCACCGUCACCGAAGGAGCCGCCGCGCGCUCUGUCGUUGCGCAACUUAUUAGGAGACGCGCAGCUCUUAAUCCAGAUCGUCAAGUGGUCUCUCGUGUUAGGCAUCGGUUUGGUGAGGGCUGGAUCAAUGCUGUUGGGCGAAGCGAUGAUGCGCAGUUUUUACAGAACUGUGGUCGUCAUAGAGUUACGAGGUGUUAUUGCGGACGACCGCGGCUUCGUCAACAGUGGUAUGUGGUGUCUGUACAACGCGGACAACACAGAUAUACAAGAUGAUGGGUUGGUGAGUGUCCGAAGAGUCGAAAGAGCUCUAGAUAGGGCCUUUUCCAUCCGCAAGGCGAAAGCCGUCGUAUUGAGAAUAGCGUCGCCGGGCGGCACGGCGUCGGAAAGCGCGUUGCUCCACGCGCGACUCAAGUCCCUUAAAAAUAGAGCCGCUCGAAACCACGAGAAGAGGAUCAACCGGUUUCAUCGGCGGUUCCUGCGCUUCGUGACACGCAUGAAACCCUCGUCACCGCCAGAAGUACUAGCUUAUGUCGACGAACUCUGUACCUCGGGCGGCUACUUCGCCGCGUCGGCCGCCGAUUCUAUUAUUGCCUCUCCUUGUGCUUUGGUGGGAUCGAUUGGUGUCAUACAAAGGGGCUUUGGAUUUCACAGGGCAUUGAGGAAGGACGGCGUCGAGAGACGUAUAUUGGCCGCCGGGGACGCGAAGGCCGGGCUUGAUCCGUAUUUACCCAAAACUCGACCAGGAGUAGCGAGAGAAAAGGCUAUAUUGAAAGAGCUGCAUGAUAGGUUCGUCACGGCCGUGAAGGAGGGCCGAGGAGACCGAUUGCAGUACUACGCGGCCGCAGAUUUAGCAGCUCAGGCGCAGUGCACGUCCUGGCCUUCUCUGAGUCCAGCGGCGCUGGCGGCGUGCUGGCCGAACCGUAUUCUGACGCGGCACCGGCGCGCACAACGGGGCGCGGGGUUGUUCGACGGGAGCGUGCACGGCGCGCUCACGGCGCUGAAGCUGGGGCUGGUCGAUGAUGUGGUGGAGGAGACGUUCCCCGAGGCCAUGAAGCAGAGAUAUGGUCGUAGGAUUUUCCUCAAGCGCCUGACGCCGGGCCGGGACCUGAGACUGCUGGUCCGGCCGCCGGCGGGGCCCCCAUCGUCUCUCUGGUAAUAACACAACUGUCUAC